UUCUCUAUAAAUACUACACACUAACAGUGAUAAUGGGUUCUGUUUGGAAAAGACUCCAACGGGUAAACAAACGAGCUGCAAAAUUCAGUCUUGUCAUUUCAUUUGAAGAACUUAUUGUCGAGGCCACUCCAAAAUGGCAACCAAAAAAGCUGGGACUAACUCUUUGGCGACGAAACAGACGAGUUGGUGUGGAUCCAAAAAUGUGGGAACCGACAAUGAAAAAUCCCAUGAAAGGGAUGAUUGUUUGGCCAAUUCCCGAAAGCAAGGAGAUCAUGGUGACUAUUUUCAAAGACCCACGAACGGGAGAGUACGAGGACAAGGAUUGGAAUAUUUCCUUGGAAGAUGUUUCAACUGGAAAGCCACGACCUAUAGCCAAUGGGACGAUUAAUAUCAAAGCAUACGCUUUUGAUGUUCCAACUCAAACAAAUUCGGAACUUAAACUCAAACCUGUGUCAAAAAAGAUUGUCUCUGCGUCCCUGAAAUUUAAUGUGUCAUCUUGUUUCAUCCGAGAAGGAAAGGCAACUGAUGAAGAUAUGCAGAGUUUGGCUAGUUUAAUGAGCUCUGCCCCAAGCGAUAUUGCCCCGUUGGAUGACUUGGAUGGAGAUGAUGAAGGAGAUAAAUCGCUCAAUGUACCACAAAUGGAUAGAAGAAAACUUAGCGAAGUUUCCGACAUUGCUAGUCAGAUUGACAGCCUAAUUAAUAAUUUGAAUACUUCUAACAAUGAAGUUAUAAAACCAUCCAGUCCGUCAAAAUCAGACAACAGCAUUGAUAAUUCGGUCGUUGAAGAUCUCCCUGAUGAAUCUGUUCAUAGUCGUACUAGUCCUAUGAAAAUCGGGCCCGUAGUAGUUGAAAAUGACGAUGAUAAUCAAUCUAAACGAGAUGAUACAGAUUCGACCGAAAUAUUGUCUAGUUUUGAGAAAAGUCACGAGCCACCAGACUCGGUUGACAACCCCAACGCACGAUACUUGCGAAACUUGAACCUAUCAAAAAUUUCUGAAAGGACUGAGAUAAACGAUACGUUUUACAAAUCAGAUAUGGAAAAAUCAGCAAGUAUUGCUUCAAAUUCAAUUAACACCAGUUCAAAAGCAGAUGGUCUUCUUGGUGCAACUUAUUUUACUGACAAGGAAAUCUCACUAAAAAAGAAUAAGGAAGAGCUUCCGUAUAAAAGCAACAGUCCUUCCCGAGAAGAGAAUAAAGUCGGAACCGAAGUCCAUAGUCCUGAACAUCGUGGGGAUCGAAGCAUACUGAAACCGCUCGACCUCCACGAUAAUGUGACAAUGGUUGGGUUAUCAAACGUAACAUUGAGCCAAGAUCUCCUCUCAUGGUGCAAAGAUGUUACGAAGGGCUACCGCGGAGUCAAAGUUACCAACAUGACAACAUCGUGGAGAAAUGGGAUGGCUUUUUGCGCCUUGAUUCACCAUUUUCACCCCGAAUUAAUAGACUUCACUACUUUGUCCCCUCACGAUAUCAAAGGAAAUUGUAAGACAGCCUUCGAUACAGCAGAGUCCCUGGGUAUACCUCGUGUGAUAGAACCUUCAGAUAUGAUGCUAUUAGCUGUUCCGGAUAAGCUGGCCGUUAUGACGUAUUUAUAUCAACUACGCUCCCAUUUCACAGGUUGUCAAUUGGAGGUUCAAAACAUUGGUGCCACAUCGUCCGAAUCGUCAUAUAUUGUUGGUCGUCCAGAGAAUAAAGCUGACAGCGCAAUGACGAAAAAAAUUUUUCAACAAGAAAUAAUCAACAUGAAGAAUGAAAGCAGUAACCGAAGUUCUAGCUCCAGCAGAGAAAGUAGUGUUGGACUUGAAAUGUCACACCAACCCAAUAAUAAUAACGCCAAGCAGCGACACUCACCCAAAAAAGUAUCGUCCAUUAGCAAUAGCUCUUCGUCAUCUUCAGUUAACUCUUUGCAAAGAGUGUCCACUGAAACUCAUCAGAAUCAAAAUAGCAAUACAGGUUCUCCAACAUCUCUCCAGAAUUUUUUAAAUAAAUUUAACAAUAAGGAUAAAUCUCCAUCUCCUAACUCAAACAUUGAAUCAAAAUCGUUUUUGGGCAAGCUAAGUGAAAUUAAGACCUCUUUUGUCAAUCACAAUAAUAAGAAUAUAGAGGCUUCUUCACGUUCCCUACCAACUAAGCAAUCCUCGACACAGCAACAACAACUUAUGACCAGGCGCCAAUAUACCGACCCCCUUGGUUCUGACGAGGACGACGAUGAAAAUAUUAACGAGAUACAACGAAGAAACAGUGCUCCUCCGACUCCAGUUCAUACGGCAAAGUUGUCUAGUCAUUCAGUUGGCAUACCUGAUCCAGAUGCUCCUGGACUUUUAGAUUUGUCCCCUACGAAACGUGAUGAAACAACUCAACAACGACUCCUUGCGCGACACCAAGAACUUCGCGAAAAAGCACGGGUCAUGUUGGAACAAGCGAAGAGGGAAGGAUCGUUACGGAAUUCCCCCCCUUCAAAACCUAGUACUCCGGUGGCGUCGAUGGUAAGCGGAAGCAGCUUGUAUAAUCUCCAAACUCGCGCUGCCAGUGAGCCUGCAAAUUCAUCUGCAAACGAUGAAACUGAGCGUCAGCAACAACUCCGUGAAAGAGCAAGAAGGUUGAUUGCCGAAGCUAGACAAGGGGUAAUUUCUCCCAAUGGAGACAAUUUCUCCAGGUCAAGUACUCAAUCAGGGACACCGGUGUCAUCAACUCCAAGUUCCAGUCCCAUCAAGUCAAAGGCGAAUUUCUCUCAUGCCGAUAUGUGUGAUAAUAAGGAAUUUAAUGGGAACUCAUUGUUGACGACUACGAACGAUUCCAAUAAAAAUAUGCCAAUGUCCGUUUCGGUCCAUACUAGUGUAAACCCUCCCAAGUUAAAGUCAUUUCACACGUUGUUGGAAAAAAUAUCGCCAGACAGAGAGGUCAAUCCAAACAAGGGACUUCGACGAACCAAAUCCUAUAUCGAAAAUGAAUUGGAUGCACUUGAGAAGGAGCAAAUUCAAAUUGAUGAAGAAGCCCGUGAGCUGGAAAGAGUUCUCAGAAGUGCUAUGAGAGACGGCGAUAAUCCAGACGAGGAUGCCCUCAUGUCUCAAUGGUUUGCACUGGUGAACAAGAAAAACGCAUUGAUACGACGCCAAAUGCAGUUAAAUAUUUUAGAAAAAGAAGAAGAUUUGGAAGUGAAAUAUGACCAGUUGAAUGACGAGUUGAGGAGAAUACUUGCUAAGGAUGAGAGCCAAAAAACGGAUGCAGAUCGUGUAAGGGAAUCUUUACUAUUACAAGAACUAGUGAACGUUGUAAACCAAAGAGAUGAACUUGUGGAUCGGUUGGAUGACCAAGAAAAAGCGAUUGAGGCGGAUGAGGAAAUUGAGAAGGAUGUCAGUGUUGCUGAUCUAUCAAGAAACUCGGGGAAGGAGAAUUGUGCAAUUCAGUAAAAUAAUCCCGAUACGUGUAAUUUGUGUUCUAGUGAAUCUAGCCAAAGCAGUAGAGUGAACAAUGGCGCAAUAUACAUACAUACAUAUGUAUAUUAUGUAUAUCAUUUACGUACAUAUAGCCUUAUUGCAUAUCCAAUUGCCUACAUAUAUACUUUAUAAACUCAACUAAUAAUGGAAACGAUACUAAACUUAAAUUGUCGGGGGAGUUUGGGUGCUUAUUUUCAAUCAGCAAAGAAUAAUGUCCAUGACAUGCCUACAUAUUUAUGUACUAUGCAUGUCUUAUGCCUAGUAAGCAAAAGUAAUAACUACUUUUUUAAUAUGCAUAUAUAUGUAGCUGGCUGUUUGUAGCUACCAUGUUAUUUGUCGCUGUCCCAUGUCACAUGUCCCAUUUCCCAAAUAUGGUAUUCAAUUGAAUUUCGUAUUCUAAGAUUUCGAUGUAAUAAUUACAUUGUUAUUUUUUCGAUAUUAUGUAAACUCUCGUGAAAGGAUCGUAUGUACUGAACCCGUUCAAUGGACUGCUUUUUUAUUGUUGGCACAACAAGAGCUCGGUUUAGCACUUAUUUAAAACGAAGUAUGUACCUAUUUUAUUUUGAUCAUCUGUAACAAGUUACGUAAUGCCAACCCUUAUUAAUUUGCUAUGUACGUACAACUGUUAUAUCUGUAUAGCACAACUGAAUCGAUACAGUGCUGUCGCUAUUUUGUUUUAUAUUAUUUAAGAUAUGGGUUACCACAAUAAUUUAUACUUAAUCAUGCUCGCAAUCGCAAAUGCACUGCUGUAACCGUUAUUGCUUUAACUCUGACAAUGUAUUAAUUUUAACGAAAUAUGUAUGCGCAGUGAAGUAAAUGAAUAAAUCAACGCAAUAAUCUACUGAAAA